AUGCCAGAGAUAUUCCCUUACUUCUUAUCCAACACAAACUCAACAAAAGUAUCACUUAUAUCUAAUGUCCUUAAAAAACAACAGGAGUGCUUUCGGUCCGUGCUGCCACAUACUGGACUCUCACAACCUGGAAUUUGUAUGGAGCUAAUCUCUCAAGCCAACAUAGCCUGUGCCCCAGAUAGGAAACUUCUGGCUGGAAUAAUUCACAUUUCUUUGCUUUUAAGCAAGAAACCUGCUGCUCUGAUCCUGUUGAAUAGAGCCUCUAAUCUUUGCAACAUUUCUGGGAAAUUAUCCCCACCUAUGCAGAUAUCAUCAAGACAGUUCGGUGCAUUUGUCUACCAAUGCCUGGAGAUCUUUAGGGAGUGGUUCACUCUCCUUAAUCUCUGGCAUACUUGGUGUCGUGUUAUAUUCUGCAUCUACGAACUGAGUUGUCUCAUGGUGUACCACAUUUACCUGUGCUGUAUCCUCUGUAUCUUCCUCUCCAUCACUCUCCUCCCCCUCCUCUUCUUCUUCUGUGAUUCCAAUAAAUUCCUUCUCGUAUUCGUCUGGGUGUAGUAUAAAUACUUCCCCUAGCACUGCAUACUUGGGUAUGUUGACGCAUUUAUCCCCAAAGUUUUGCAUGGUCACAGUGAUUGGUGCUGAGA